AUGGAGGUAGAACUACAUCCGCCAUCGUAUUCGCUCAGCGCUCAAAAGAAACGGUACCGGUUCACUCACCGCGGUACCGGUCCUAGUUUUGACUUUACUCCUGAGUCUCCUGAACACGUCGGUUACACAUUCGAUGUUGGCUCGCAUAACCAUGGUACGAAACGUACAUCGUAUUUAUACCAGGAUCCCCGACACAUUCUCGCCUCUGCGACUCGAAGGGGGAAUUCUUGCAACUACAAAAUUUAUCUAGGCAAUGCGAUUGAUGACUUUGAUGACGAGAUGGCCUGGGAUGAGAUGCGGACCGAUUGUCCCAAUACGAUAUGGUCGAUGACUUCCGCCUACGACGGCCAGACAAAGGCGUACUUCAUGUGGAAAAGGACGACUACGGUUGCUGUUGACGGAAUAAGGAAGCCUUCACGACUCUCUCGCCGUAAUUGGAUAUUAGUCGACCACAAUGAUCAGCGCGAGGUCCUCGCUGUCUAUACGGAGAACCUUGGUUUCUCAACUUCAGGGACGUUGCAGAUCAAUGUUAACUGGGGAAAUGAUUUUGAAUGCUUCUUAUUGCUAUCACUUGGAUGCAUGUACCCCAAAUCAGGUAUGCCAACAUCUAAUGCCAUCUCAAAAGGUGGCGCGUACACAGCGCAGGGGUGA